AUGCCGCGGUACCCUGAUCCCAAACAAUCCAUUAAAUUCACAAUCAAGAAACUACAACAGACAGCCACUCCACUAACGAUGCUUCGGAUCCCCCAACAUGGACGUCCAGGCCGAGCCAAUCCGAUGAGUAUUCCGGGCUCGUUCAGUGAGAGCGACAGCGACGAUCACCUCAGCGCCGCUGCUCACACUCCGCCAAUCUCUGACGAGUACUUAUCGCCUUCUAGCAGUAUGUCUCUCGAGGUCAACACCAUUGGUUUUCGAUCGCUCGAGCAGAUCACUGAAGAGGCAAAUAUGUGUGCGGCAUCCCAGCUUGCGUUCGACCACGACGAUGAGGCUUUCGCUCAACUCGAAGUCCGCCUCGAAGAACUCAACGCUGAGUAUGAGCAAGCUCUGGAAGGUCAACCUAGUAAAGACAACAUCCACGACCCCGCGCCGGACGCCUUCAGUAAUGAAAGCGAAGAACGCAAUGAGCAAGGUCCCGCUGGAGACGUCGCACAAGGCCACAACGAGGAUGAUGCGGUAGUCCAAGCGAUUGUCGGCCCUUACGAGACGGCAAUGAAGAGCUCUUUUGACAUGGCCCAGAAAAUGGUCAGGGCUGUCCCUUCGGCCGUCAGUCGCUUCCCGGCUACCAACAACUUCCGUUCAACGAUCAACUGCCCCUAUGAUGUCGCAGAAGGCAUGCUCAGUUAUACUCCAUUGGACUACUACAGGAACUACCGACACCAGGUUGAGACACAGUCACUAUCGAAUAACGACACUGCUGCUCCUCGCUCGCCAGAAGUCAAGGUUGCCCCUUCUACUGCACGCCUUGAUGAUCAGGGUGAAGAGCAGUCCCUGAAGAAGAAGUGGAACACUGUUAAGCUCAAGUCUGGAGACGACGAUGGCAACAGUCCUAUUGCAAAGCGACCAAAUCUCCGUUCGGCAGACGAGAAUACUUUUGUCCCGAACACUACGCCAUCCUCGGGAUCGAUUCGUGCUCGUGUUGUAAGCAGGGCAUCUAGGCCAGCGCCUCCUGAGCUCAGGACUUUUGAGGACGUCCACCGCCAAAUUCGCGAACAAGAUAAGUUGACCGCCGACAACCUUGCUGCUCAACUUGAACUUCCUUUGUCCAGCGGCCCUGCAGCCCAGCAGUCUGAGGCUGUUCAUUCACAUCCAAAACGCGUUCACCCGAAGAAGAACGCAUCCAGCCAGUCAUUGCUAGAGACCCAUUCGGGUGCCUCCACAGGUCAAGUUUGCAAUGUGGAAUAUCCUAUCCCCAACGAAGGUAUCUCGCGCUAUCCCAUCCCUAACGAGGGUAUCUCAACCAUACAUCUUCUAGAUCUUCUUGAUAAUUCCGACAUUUCCGAUAUCGAGUUCGACAUCGAAGAUGACUGUGUUGAGGUCAAGAACGGCGAUGCGACUACGGAAGCUACUACUUUGGAGCCGCGUCAAUUUGUUCCGACUGUUGCGAAAUACAAGAAGCAGGCUUGUUUAUACCCAGAUGGUCUCGAAUACGUCAUAGAAGAGUACGGUGACUCCGACGCCGGUCCGGUUCCAAACGUCCGUAAGAGUGAUCAAUCGAAGAAGUCUUCUGACGUCGAGACCGCUAGUGGCUUUGCUUCUGCUGACAGCACCCCCGCACCGGACGACGCUAUGGUGGACGAGUUUCUGGACUUUACUGCCAAUGCCUUCUGGCGCGAUGAAGCCUUCGAGAUCCUUCGUAUGUGUGGCGCAAAUCUGGUUGCUGCUGUCUCCAUAUACCGCAACGCCCGCAGUCUUGAUCAUAUCCGACAGAUGCUGAGGGUCUGGCUCGCACCACUUGAGAAUGGCGGAUUUGAAGCAGCUGAUCGUCCGGUUGAGCAAGUGAAUGAUGUGGACUUCUCAGAAUUGCGGAUUUGCUCAAUCGAGAAGGCACCCGCAAGCGUCAGUGGUGACGAGCCUACCGGAGCAAGGAUGAGUGUGCGAGAUGCCUAUAAAUUGCUCGGUCUGGAAGUCUACAGCUCUGUGGACCAAGCCACACUGAUGAAGAGCGUUAGGCCAAAGCUGAAACAGCACGGGCCAGCCUCAGCUAUGUUCCAACUAGAAACACAGCUGUACCAGGCUUUUGCCACCGUUACCCAGUACCAGAAUGAGAUCGACUGUUGCGAGCUUUCUUCUUCAUGUAUGACCGUGAAAGAGUGCAAGGACCGUUUCGAGGUCCUUCGACCUCCAGAAGGCAAGGCAAGCUCCACAAAGGAAGACAAAUUCAAGAAGCAGCAGGACAAGGCCAAGGACAAGACGGACGCUGUUCGUGCAGCCCCCUCUGCCAUCAGCGGCGACCAUGGUGGUUCACGCGAUCCCUGGGCCGAUCUGUUUGGAAUGCCUUCGUCAAGUUGCGCAUGGGAGUAUGAUCAUCCUGCUUGGCUGACAAACCCCGACUCCCCGCCUGGUAAUUGGGGAUCUCCUGAACCAGAUCCACAGAGCUCAGGAGACGACGCAUGGGCUUCCAUUAGCAACCGUGACGACCCCAAUAACGCCCCCGAACCAGAAGCUCCUGCAUCUACUGACUAUACCGUCACUUAUUGGGCCACCGUCGAAGCUGGCGACAAGACUAUUCACAUCCCCAUCGACAGCAGCAACGUCUCCGGUCCCGAGAAAGAGAUCAUCGAUGGCAGCAUUGAAAUGAAGAAGAUCUGGAAGUGGGCUCAAGAGAAAGGUCUCAGCGACAAGAUCGGCCUUCAAGACGCUUUCGAUCUCGCCAAGGAUAUGCACUGCGAGGGUGAAGUCGACCAGCCAGUCGGUGAGAAGCCUGAGCGUGCCACCAAGGCCCCACGUGCUACCAGUCGCAGCCGCAGCCGCAGCCCAUGUCCACGGCGGGCUCCUCCCGCUGCAGAUUUCCUUGAUGUGGACUAUAUCUACCCCUCUUACGUUCGCCCGAUGGUCUCUCCGAUGAGUCCGGGUGUGGAGGCUUCUGUCUCCUACCCUAUGGACUCACGAAUGAUUGUCCGUGCGAUGGCCUUGCUUUAUUUGUCUUUUUCUUGGAUACGGGAUCGUACAUAUGGACGAGAUCACGGUAAAGGGUCAUCGACUUACAAGGCUAAAGGAUGUUUGUGA